CUAACAAGUAUCAAAAACUUAGCAAGCAAUCACGUUACACACUUCCUUUCAUCGAAAUAAAUUCAAUUGUUCUGUUAAAUAAACAUAAAAUGCCGCGGCACAAAACUCUAGUGAGCAUUGGUCAUCGCAUUAUGAAGCGAUUCCAUCAGUUGGAUCUGCGGGUCGACAAGGAGUUCGUCAUCUACAUGGUUCAUCUGCUGGCGAGAGAUCGGCGCAAAGGUCUCCUUAAGUGCGACCUCAAUAAGCCCACCGCCUGUGCCAUUGAGUCAUUCGUAAAUACAAUCGUGGAUAGCUAUGUGAAUUCGAAAGAUUGCACUAUGGCCAACAUGAAGAUGGCUUGGGUGAUGAAGAAGGGAGUAACCAUAGACCUGGAAUACGUCAAGAAGCAGUACGAGGAAAAGUUCCAAACGGAACUGCAGCUGCUCAUCAAGGAUAUCCUUCAGUAUCCAGAGACUUGCAGUAAAUUGCAGCUGGACCAGCUCUUCGCAAAGAUGCAGGUCUUCAUAGUCGUCUGCUACAAUCUGGGCUCACCCAAGAACCAUGUACUGCUUAAGCUGACUGCCCAGGCUCUCAAAAGCGUCAUCGGCCGAAGUGACCUGCAGAAUUAUGUGCUGAAGAAGAAGUACCAUCGGCUAGAGUAUCUUCAACGCUUGUCGGCCACCGUGGGCGGCAUUGUCAUCUAUAACAACGAUGGCCCAGAUGGAGAUCGAGAGAAUGUAAGAAGUGUGGUUGAUGAUCUGGAAAUGGCCCAGAAGAACACGGAAGCCGCCUUUGCAGACAGCAUGGGGCGGGCGGUCAAGAUGCAGUCCACUUGCCAGGCGGCCCUUGAUGAGCUCAUUAAUAUAGAUCAUAAGGACGAGACCUUGACCUACCGAGUGCCCCUCGAGCACCUAGAUCGGCUGAACCAGUUUUCGGUGACCUACUUCAUGCUACACCGCUGUCUGACGACUUUGAACGAACAUUACCAAAAGACAGUGUACCUAAUUGAAGUGGAGCAAAAGCGAUAUCAAUGUGUGAUUUGCAAGAUAGACGAUACGCUAUCCAUGCGCACCGCCAUUGAUUCAGAGCUCAUCUUUCCGCACUUUGUGUACCUCUCUCAGGUGUGGGGCAAUCUGAACAACUUCCUGAACCACAUUGUUGAAUUAAACAAGCUGAGAGAGCAGGUGGAGGCAUUGGUGGUCGACGACUUGAUGAUCUUGACAAAGGCUACAAUUGCCGAGCUGCAGGCGCUUCAUAAGCGGAUAAAGAAGUCUAAGGUCUGCACCUUUGAGGAGCGCAUGGAUGCCGUGAAGGAGCUGCAGACCGAUGGCAACUUUUGCAAGCUCAAUAAGGCAGAUAUAAAAGAGUUUUGCUCUCUAGCCAUGACCAUUACCAACGGCCUGCUUAUGCCGGCCCAGGUGACCAGAAAACUGUGUUCCAACGUGGACAUAACAUUUGGUUUCCGGGACCCAAGAUACGCUCGAUUCGCGGAGCUACGAUUUGAGCCUUUCAUAGCUGCCUUUAGAAAAGUGGUUUUCAACAAUGCCAACCUAGCCCUGCUGUUCAAACUGGACGAUGCGCUGAUUGAGCAGGAACUGCAGAAUGUGAUAGUUGAGCCACCGAAGCAGACAGAUUUUCAGGGUCAAACAGAAAUGGUCGUCACCAACGAUCUAUCGCCAGCCAACUGGAUAAACGUAACAUGGAAUGCGUGGGAUUAUCACCGGGAAACAAUCCACUUGGCCAAUAUACGUAAGCAGCAGACCAACGACUCUCAGACCAAUAUUAGUUACGGAAGGCGCAAUGCACAGAAUCAAACCUACAACUGUCGGCAACAUAAGUAAUUGAGCACAAAACAUAUACUCACCGGUUUUGGAUUUGCUUAAGUCGAAAAACCCUAGCACACGAUUCACGAUAAAGUAUAUAAAGUGGUCCUGCCACACCAGGGA